AUGGAGUUGAUGAAAGGGGUCACCAAAUCUAUCUGUGAAGCAGCAAAUUCUGGUGUUAUUACUUGGGACUGCCAGUAUGACCAAGAAACUAUGUUACUACCUUAUAUCCUUUUUGUUGCAGGAGACAACCCCAUGCACACCGAGGAAUUUAGCCAUUCAGGUCUCAAAAGCAAUUUUUUCUGCAGGACAUGUAAAGUUGGCGGCACGCAAGCUCAGAAAAAGACUGAUGAAGGAUAUAACAAUAUAUUCAAAUGCGGAGCUGCUCGGACUCCUCAAGAGACACGCAAUGAAAUCCUGCAGCAAGUUGACACUUCACUCAAGUCAGGUGGAACUAAGAAAGUGAAGAGUGCAGGUACAAAUUCUGGCAUACGCGAUAGCACUAGUGCGUCAAUUGUUCAACAACUACUUGCACUGGGCAAGCAGUUGCAAAGGCACAAAGCUGGAAAGCCUGCUUUACCUGAAUCUGAAGUGCGCCAGCAACUGGAACAGGAACUUGAAACAUUACUGCGCGGUUCUACGCUUGACAACCAUAUUAACCCAUUGUUAGGCAUGCCGGCUGUGGAUAUCCAUCAAGACACUCCCACGGAGAUUUUGCACACCGUAGUAUUGGGGGUAGUAAAGUAUUUUUGGGGACAAACGGUCUGGCUGCUUGAUAAGUCAUACUUGCUAACUACUUUCCAGACACGGCUUGAAUCCAUCAGCAAGGACGGCCUUAAUUCAGGCAAUCUCAUUGGCAAACAUUUCAAAAGUUUGGCCCAGGUAAUGCUGUAUAUUAUAUAUGACCUAGUUUCUCAAGAUGUCCUGGACACUUGGAGUGUCAUUGGCGACUUGGUGGUACUUUUGUGGCACACAAAAAUAGAUCACACUGAGAAGUAUUUGUUUACAGCAACCGCAAAGCUCCUAGCCGAGAUAGCUGCCAAUCCUUUGCAUCACAAGAUGCCAUCAAACACAUUACUACAGGGGGGUACUGGCGUGACUCUGCAACUGGAAACUGGCUCAGUGCAGGUCACGCGACACAAAACUACAUUGCUAACCACCCAGAGCAACAAUGGCUAUUGGGUCUUCAUUCAAAUACCAAGAAGGUUGUUGAAGGCAUCAACAUUCAUCACACAGAAUGGCGACAAAGCAAAACUUGGGAGCCACGUAGUCAUCUCCUCACCGUCUAAUAGAGCCAACCCCUGUGUUGGCAAAGUAGAAGAGAUUCUUGUAACUGAGAAGAAGCCCAGAGUGGCUGCUUAUAUAGCCGUUACUUAUCUACAGUUCCAGCUAUUUCAACACACCAAACUUCAAAUACCUAUCCUGCGGAUUACAGUUGCACAAAAUGUUCUAACUGCCAAACGACACUGCCAUGGUGCCUACACAUUUAUUCAGUAG